AUGUUUUUUUUUUUUUUUUUUUUUUUUUCGAAACGUCGUCGAUUUUUCCUGUUCAAAGCGGAAGAGAAAAGCGGGAUUAUAUCGGAUCAGUUCAAGGCAUUGGAUUGUCAAACAAACGGAUUGCUCACGUCAUUGGAAUCCAAAGUGAAACCGAUUUGGAAAACGGGUUACGUGACGUAUAAAAAAGCGACAGCAGCAGUGAAUUGCUACGCUUUGGAUACAUACGACAGACUUAAAUUACCUUUCGUGCAAGGAGGACAAUGGAUGAAUUCGUAUUUUUCAAAUGUUCACGAUGAUCCACUCACGAGUGUCGCUCUGGGUUUUUGGAAAACUUUUUCCACAGGUUUAUGCACGAUCGCGAACGCAUUGCAAAACGCCAUUUUUCAUUUUUGCUACGUUUUAAUUGAUUUUUUCACGGAUGUACUUAGUGCGGCAUCAAAUCUAUUCGUUUACACUCUAACUUAUUUAAAAGAUGUUUUUUUUACCGUAUUUGAAAUAUUGAAAAGAUUUUUGGGAAAUUUUUACGACGCGUUGAAAAAAAGUGUACUUAACGUUUGGUCUUAUUUAUAUUUGUUAUUAUUUUCCACGAAAGACGACGAUAAAAUUUUAAGGAAUGAAAUGUCGGAAAAAGUGAUGGAUACGUCCUUGCAUUACAAGAGCAGUCCUGUUAAAUCAGAUGAAUUAAAAAACAUAGCUUGGGAUUUGUCGAAUUUUAAAAAAAGAUUCGACGAAUUAGAAUCCGAAUUUAGAAAAGAAAAACAAUCCGUGAAAAUGAGAAACGAUUUUUACAACAAACAAUUCGAAAAUAAUAAUUUGGCUUUGCAGAAAUAUGAAACCGUUUUAAAUCGUGCCGUUUCGUCUGCUAAAAAACCCGAUUCAAUCACCAAUUCCACCGUGCAAUACCUUUUAGAUAAUCAUUUCAACGAAUUGAAACAAUGGAUAUUGGAAAAUUUUAUGCUUAAAAUUGAUUCGCCCAAUUUGGACGAGAAUAAAAUCGUUUCCAUAAUAGCAAAACAUUUGAACAAAACAGGAGAAGAAUUGAUGAUUCUAAAGGAAGAAUUUAAAAGAUUUACUCACGAUCACGACGUUGAAUUGAAAUCUGUGAAAAAAGAUUUUGGGUCUUUGAUCACGAGCAACAUGGGCGGCGACAUAUCCGACUCUUACAUAAGAAAAAUCGUGAACGAUGCCAUCAAAUUGUACGACGCUGACAAAACGGGAAGAGUUGAUUUUGCAUUGGAAUCUGCCGGGGGUCAGAUAGUAAGCAUACGUUGUACGGAAACUUACAUGGCAAGUCCAAAAUCGUACGUCCUGAUGGGUUGGCCUCUAUUUACCAAGGCUAGCAGUCCACGUGAUGCAAUCACACACACAACGGCUGCCGGUCAGUGUUGGGCCUUUGUAGGAUCCCAAGGUUUUUUGGUCAUACAGCUGUCGCACAACAUCAAAGUAACGGGUUUCACGAUGGAACACAUGUCUCGUUUGCUCGCACCGAACGGACACAUUGAAAGCGCUCCUAAAAAUUUUAGCAUGUGGGGAUUGAAAAUGGAACACGAUUCAAAACCUUAUUUGUUCGGUGAAUACAUUUAUUUGGACAACGACGAAACUCUUCAAUAUUUUCCUGUCGCUCAUCCGACGUCGGAAAAAUACCAAAUGGUCGAAUUGAAAAUUGCAUCGAAUCACGGAAAUCCGAAUUACACGUGCCUGUAUCGCAUUCGCGUUCACGGAAAUUUAUAA